AUGUUAGAGGGACUUGUUGCCUGGGUACUCAACACAUACCUGGGCAAAUAUGUCAGCAAUCUUAACACUGAUCAACUCUCUGUUGCUCUUCUUAAAGGAGCGGUAGAGCUUGAGAAUCUUCCCUUAAGAAAAGAUGCACUCAGAGAGUUUGGUCUUCCCUUUGAAGUCAAAGCAGGCUUCAUUGGGAAGAUUGUACUUCAGAUCCCCUUCUAUCGGCCUCAUAGUGACCCAUGGGUCAUCUCCAUGUCUCAGCUGAACCUGAUUAUUGGCCCUGUCCAACCCCAGGAAUACGAUGAGGCACAAGAAAAGGAAGCUGAGCGGGAGCAAAAAAAACAGCUGCUCAAAGCUUAUGAGGACAAAUGGAAGCUUGAAAGUGAACAGAGGGGCGAGUCAUACUGGUACUCAGUCACUGCUUCAGUGGUCACCAGAAUAGUUGAAAAUAUUGAGUUGAAGAUUCAAGGUGUGCACUUGAGGUUCGAGGAUGACUUCUCCAACCCAGAAAAGCCAUUUGCCUUUGGAGUUUGUAUUAAGAAUGUAUCAGCACAGAACCCCUCCAAAGAACCAGCUCAGAAACUUAUGCGGCAGAAGCAGCUCGAGAUUGAGGAGUUUAGUGUGUACUGGGACACACAGUGCACUCUGCUUGCUGAUCUUCCUCCAGCUGAAAUACAGGAAACAAUGACCACAUGUAUGCAGAGCCGAGAACACCAGUACAUAUUUGAACCAGUGUGUGCAUCUGUCCUGCUGAGGAGAAAUACAUCAAAAGAACCGCUGCGAUCUCGCCACACUCCCCGUAUUGAGGGCCAGGUCCAGCUGGAACCACUUUCACUACAUCUUUCACAAGUUCAGUAUCAGCAAAUAAUGGCUUUCCUUAAAGAGCUUGACAGACGAGAGAAGGAAAUGCUUUACCGCAAAUGGAGACCCAAAGUCCCUGUCUUAGGAAACUGCCGACAGUGGUGGAUAUUUGCUAUCACUGCUAACCUGGAAGCAAUCAUGGAGAAGCGGAGGCGGAGUACCUGGAACUUUGCCCUUCAGCGUGCUUGUGAUGCCCAGCUCUACACAAAACUUUACGCACAGCGACUGAGGGGAGAUGCGCUAAGUUCACAAGAGGAGAAAGAUUUUGAGAGAAUUGAAGAUGAGCAGACUUUGGAGGAGUUGCAGAGUCUCAGGGAAAUUGUUCAUGAUUCCUUGCGAAAACAGGAAGAAAUCGCAGAGAACAUAAGAGAGCCCAUGACAGAGCCAAUACCCUCUUCAUCAUCCACUUCCAUUCCUAAAAGUCACAGUUCUGGAAUGAUCCAGUAUUUGCAGUCUUGGUUUCCUGGCUGGGGUGGGUGGUACGGAUGUGUUGAGAAGGGGCCAGAUGGCCAGCCAGUGGCAGAUGAGCUCAUGCCAUCAAGUAGCCAGUGGGAUAUUCUGACUGAAACAGAGGACCUUUUUGACCCUCUGGAAGAUUCUCAUACGUUGAAUACCUUCACUAAGAGGGAUCACCUCUUCGCUCGGCUGGACUUCUCACUGAGAAAAGCAACUGUCACUCUUUUCCAGAAAGAUCAGUUGAAUUGUUUCUCAAACGAUAGUGGGGUUAUUCAGUUGGAGUUUUCAGGAGUGAAGAUUGGCAUUGAGUCUCUACCCCGAUCAGAGACCUCUUUGCUCUCUGUAAAGCUUGGAGGCCUGUUUCUCAGAGACCUUACUACUCAGGGAUCCAUUUUCCCUUUUUUGGUCUCACCUAAACUGGAUAAGAAUCAGUCAUUUGGACAGAGCUGUAGCACAGAAAGCAGCACUGCAUAUGAUAUGGAGUCGUCUGCAUCUCCGGUCUUUGAGAUGAUCUAUGAGCGUAACCCAAUAAGGUGUAAAUUUGAGAGAAGACUGGAAGUCAAUACUAGCCCUCUUAACAUCAUCUACAAUCCCCAAGCCAUAAAGAAAGUGGCAGACUUCUUCUACAAGGGUCGGGUUCAUACAUCAGGAUUUGGAUAUCAGUCUGAAUUAGAGCUGAGAGUGGCAGAGGCAGUAAAGAGACAAUACAUCAAGCUGAAAAUGCAGACAAAGGCAGAAAUCCGUCAGUCCAUCGACCAGCUGCUAGUUGGAGAGUUCAUAGAGAAUAUCAAGCGAUGGACAAUGAAGUUAGAUAUAUGUGCUCCUCAAGUUAUUUUUCCUGAUGAUUUCCAGUCUGAAGAUCCCAUGCUGGUGGUUGUUGAUCUCGGGCGUAUCUAUCUUAGCAAUUCACAAGAGGCUCCCAAAACACAAUUCAAAGCUGCUCAGUCAGAAGAUGAAUUAAGUGAUGAGGAAUAUCAGACUCCACUUGCGACGCCUCCUAACUCUCCUCCACCUGAACCAAAUUUAGAGUUUAAAGGGCAUGAUAAGAGUCUUGACCUCUCUAGCCUUAAAUCAACAGAGGGAGGCCAGUCCUUCAGCAGGGUUCUCUACGAAAAGUACUCUUUAUCUUUUAAAGACCUGCAAAUAAUGGUUGGUCGCUACAAAGACAACUGGAAACACCUACAGAGCGAUGUGGGGCCCACCCAUGUAGUGGAAAAAUUUAAUGUGCUCUUACAGUUAGAGCAGAGGUUGCGAUACACCACAGACCCUCAGCUUCCUGGGGCAGUUCUUUCAGGAACUUUACCAGACCUCAAAGUUCACAUCAACCUGGAGAAAAUGACUGCACUCAGAAGCUGUCUUGCUAGAUUAAGUAGUGCAAGUGUCGACGAGAGCAAAAUUGAUAAGGCAGAAAGCGUCAAGUCUCCUGACCCUUUAGCUUUCUCCCAUGACAAGACGUUUGAGAGGGAGAACAGUCUAUCAAAGCUUCAGGAGUAUGACCGAAAUCUUACAAAGAGUGUGAUGACCCUUGAGCAACACACACGAGAAGUGCUGGUCGAAUCCAGGCUUCUCCUUGCAGAAUUUAAAAUCAACUACAUGCAGCUUGGUAUUGAAAGUGAAGGCCAGUAUAUAUCUGUCCUCAAGGUAUUUAAUACUAAUGCUCAUUUUGUAAAAAGACCCUAUGAUGUUGAGGUCUCUUUGACAGUCCAUGGUCUUCUCCUGGUGGACACCUUGCAGACAUAUGGGUCUGAUUUUGACCUGCUUGUGGCAUCACAUAAGCAUCUCAGUUUUGAUGUGCCCACUGGCAGUCUAAGAGAAAGCCAGCCCACAUCACCAGUGUCACAAGACGGGAAGUCUGCCGAGUAUUCAGACCUUGACGUUUUCAGAGACCAGGAGGCUCUCAUUAAACUGGAGUAUCAGUUCAUCAGCUCAGACUGUCCCUCCAUGAACUUAAAUAGCUCACUACAGGUUACCACCAUGCAGGUUAACAAUUUGGAUAUUAUUCUUAAUCCCGAAACCAUCGUACGACUGCUCCGAUUUUUACAACAGUCCUUUCCUAAAGAAGAAUCCACAUGGACACCUUUAACGCAGCAAACACCAACAAUGCCCAGUGACCAGGAGCAAGAGGAAGACUUUCAGUCUACUUAUCAACAGAAUAAGGAGUUAACCGUUGAGAUCCAUAGGUUAAAUUUACUGCUCUUACGAACUGUUUCAGCUGAAACAACCUCAAGUACUGAAAAGAGAUGUAUGAAAAUUGCCACAGCCAGUAUAAAUGGGACAAAAGUCAAUGUUUCCAUGGGAGGUCGACUAGAUGUAAAUGGCUCCCUAGGGUGUAUACAGCUUGUUGAUUUGACACAAGAAGGCGGAAAAAGUCAAUUUGUGGUCAGUAUUGGAAAUUUAGAAGCUAGCUCUUCAGAAAGUGUUGCAUACCUACCUAGUUCUGGAUCAUCUUCUUCUGAUGCAUUAAAUUUCCACUUUUUGGAAAAGUCCCAAGGAGAGUGCUUUUUAGAGCUUCAUAUGGCAUCAUUACACUACAACCACUCAGCAAAGUUUUUAAAAGAGCUUAGUCUUUCUGCCAAUGAGGUGGAGGGAACCUUUCGCUCCAUGGUAAAGAAUGCUGCCACUAAAGUUUCGAAUGUUCUGGCUACCAAAACGGCAGAGUACACUGGCAUGGUAUCGCUCUUCGAGACCCCAUCCAGAAGAUCCAGAACUCAGAGUCAGUGUCAUUGGACAAUGGACCCAGUUGAAGAUGAAACGGAUCAUACUGCUCUUGAGGAUGAACCAUCUUUGGAUGCAUUUUUGGUCAAACUCACUCUAAACAUCAAUAUCGAAUCACCAGUUGUAUCCAUUCCUCGGAAACCUGGUCACCCGGAGCUUCUUGUUGGUCACCUCGGGAGCAUUGCUAUUCAAAACUUUGUUGCAGGGCAAGGCUCGGACGGGGAGAAAUUGCAAGUUGAAGUCAAGGAUAUAAGGCUGUAUUCUGUCAACUUAAGUCAGCAGGUUCUGCAGAAAACGUCCACCUUGGGGCAAUCACCUUCUCAUAAUGCUUCAGUCAACCUGGAUGAGCCACAGUUUACUCGCCAUGACUUCUUUGAGUAUCUAAAUCGUGGAAAAGCCUUUCACAUUCUUAAAGACACCACCAUCCAGCUCACACUUGAGAAGCUUCCCAUUGAUAAAGACACACACUUUACAUUUCUGCCAUGUGAUGAAACAUUCACCAGUACAGGGGUCCUGAAAGUCGAGGGCAAAUUUGUAAAUGCAGUUCAGGUUUUUCUUUGUAAGCACGUAUAUGAACAGGUCCUUCAAACUCUAGAUAACUUGUCUUUAAUUGAGGAUCAAAAAGUAACGCCCAGUCAGCCUCCAACUCCUCCACCCCCUACACCCUCCUAUACCAAACCACUUCGCUUCCCUGAUCCACAGGGAGGGUUGUUUGUCCGGGACACCCCUCUCAUGGGAUUGUCAUACUCCUCAAUGUCAUCUUCGCUCUCAACUCCACUCCCUUUUCAGGAUUCCAGCUCUUCUAUCCAGUCUUCCACAUUUACCCAGGUCAAAGCCACCUUUAAGGUGUCCGAGCUCCAGGUGCAGCUGAGUGCUGAUCUUAGCCAAGGAUCUCAGGACCUGGUAAGUUUGUGCUUUCAGGAUUUGGAAGGAGACUUCACCAAGGAACAUCCUCACUCCCUGUCAGUGCAGCUGGCCCUGCGAUCCCUGCUCAUGGAAGACCUUUUGGAGCAAAAUCCUGACUCUAAGCACAAGCACCUCAUGGUUUCUAGAGGUGCUGCCAAACCAUCUACUUUCAGCUCUAAAGAGUACCUUUCCCAGUCGUGUCCCUCACCAUCUAAUGUUCUGUACCCAGAAAUGCCACGCUCACUGCCUGCACAAAUAGUGGAGGCCCAAAAUGUCUUCCAGUUGUAUCAGAGACACCCCAGUACUUCCACCAGAAAAACUACAAAAGAUUCAGAAUGCCCCUGCACUCCUCCUCCUUCACCUUCUCGGGAUACACCAUCCCAUCAAUCUCAACCAGAACUGGAUGACUCUUUGGUUCACAUCAACAUGCUUCUAGUGGACAGGCGGCAUCCUGAGUUUAAGACUCGCUAUGGCAGCAUCGGUCGUAGUGUUGAUGUGGACUUUAAUUGUCUCGAUGUUCUCAUCACGCUGCAAACCUGGGUUGUCAUUCUGGACUUCUUCGGCAUUGGCUCUACUGCCAACAACCAUGCUUUGAAAGUGCCUGCUACCUCCCCUCAGUCUAUAUCUGGAGAACCCCUGUACAACACAGGUCUCGGUGACGUCUCACCUGGGAAUAAUGAGGAAGAGUUCAAUGAGACAGUCAACACUAAACUUGAUCUUAAGGUUCAUUCUUUGUCUUUAGUGUUGAACAAGAGGACCACUGAGCUUGCCAAAGCUAGUGUCUCAAAACUGCUAACACACUUAGAAAUGAUUGAUGGAGAUCUUGCUUUGCAAGGCAGCCUGGGAAGUCUGUCACUAAGUGACCUGACGCCACAUGGGGACUUGUACAGGGAACGCUUUACAACACGGGGUGGAGAGGCUCUUAUUUUCAAAAUACAUAAGUAUGGAGAACCAGACCCCUUGUUGGAACGGGAGUGUGAUAUAAAGGUGUCUCUUCAAAUGGCUUCAGUGCAGUAUGUACACACUCAACGAUUCCAGACUGAGGUGGUGGCAUUCAUCCAGCAUUUUACUCAGCUGCAGGAUGUUCUGGGCAGGCAGAGGGCAGCAGUGGAGGGCCAGGCUGUGCGGGCAUAUCCACAGCGAGCCUCUCGCAUACUUUUGGACAUUGAAGCCGGAGCGCCUGUCCUCCUGAUCCCAGAAAGCUCUCAAUCAAAGCGCCUCAUAGUGGCCAACCUGGGUCAGCUUAAAGUGCGCAACUGCUUUUUGCCUGCAGGCAGUCGGGGCACAUUUUCUCUCAAAGACAAGGAUCAUAUGAAGAAUGCUCAACCUUCUUCUGAAAAUGUAAGAGAGGAUGUGUUGGGAAAUAAAGGCAAGGCCUCUAAUACUACAGCAUCUGGCUUCACUUUAGGCAAACCCCAGCAUGCUAUGUGGCAAAAUUCUGAUGUAGAUGAACUACAAAGCCCAGAUGAUCAUGUUUGUCUUCUGGACUGCAUUGCUGUGGAUCUGCAGGAGAUGGAUUUAUUUGCUGCCGAGCGACUGCCCUGGGAACCAUGGGACAGCGGAGUAAAGCACAUGGACACAGACCUGCUAUUUCCUUCCUAUUCAGUGCGCAGGACAGGAGGCAGUCUGCUGAAGGAGCGCUGUUGGCUUAAACUUAAAGUAGAACGCAACCUGGACAGGGAACUCAGUCACGCCGUCCCAGACAUGUCCAUUCAUGGCAACCUGUCAUCUGUGCACUGUUCCUUGGAUCUAGAGAGGUACCAUUUAAUCCGAGGUCUGCUAGAGCACAACUUGGGAGAGCCUGUGGAGGAGUUUCUCAGACCAUACAACUUACAGGACCCCAGCAUCUAUACGGUGCUGAGUGGUGACGUUUAUACAGGCCUCUCCUUCUUAGUCGACAUGAAGAAUGUUAGUCUGGAGUUGCUGGAUGGCCCAAAAUCAUCUGGAAAUAAACAGUCUUUGGCCAGGUUUGACUUUAUGAAAUCCAAGUUGCUGUUUGAGAGUUUCUCUGAUGGAUCCAAGUCUGUGAACCUGGUGUCUCAUUCACUCCUGGCCUAUGACACACGUUGUACUGGGGCUAGCAAACCCACAGGUGGAAAGCACAACGUAUUCGACUGCAUUCUACAGCCCUCGAAGACUGGUAGCAACAGAGCUUCCCUGCAGUUAGAGCUACACUACAGAUCUACCCGUGACUCCUCAUGCUUCACUGUGGUGCUGAAUAACCUGCGAGUGUUCUUGAUGUUUGACUGGCUGCAGCUGGUCAGAGAUUUUCUUCAGAUGCCUGCAGAAAAGGAGACAGCGCCAGCACGUCAGCGCUGGCCCAGCGGCAACAGUGACCCAGGCACCACUGGUGUUGUCAUGCCCAAAACGGUCAAGACUGGUGUAGUUACAAAACGCUCCACCGUUCCGGUCACCCAAGAAAAAUAUCUGGAGGUCAAGCUGAAUGCAACAGGGACAGAGUUCGUGGUUGUUGAAGACUCUUCUUGUUUGGACACCAAUGCCAUCAUUUUAAAGGGCACCACUGUGCUGACCUACAAGCCUCGUCUGAUAGAUCGACCCUUCUCUGGCAGCUUGGCUGGCAUUGAGGUGUUCUCCUGUCGGCUGGGCAGCGAGCAGGAAACAGCUCUGUCCAUCAUUGAUCCUGUCAAUGUGCAGGUGGAGCUGUGUGGCAGCCCCACCUAUCAGAGCAGCUCAGGCUUGCUGGAUGCCUUUAACAUAGAGGAUCUCCCUCCACUACUGGAGAUUCAAUUUCCAACUCUGGAUAUUCGACUGUCCUACAAUGAUGUGCAACUUUUCCUGGCUAUUGCUAAAUCCAUUCCCACUGGCUCUGCUGAUGCUGCUGACCUCGCUAUAACUGACUCAUCCACUGCCAGUCUAGACGUCACUUCUAAACCAAAAGACGACUUUAGGCUUAAAACAGAAGCUCUACUGGAGGGUCAGCUAACACACCUGCUGAACCUGGGUUUUAAGAAGGAAGACUGUAGACGAGCUCUCAUUUACUGCAAAGGUCAGCUGGACCAGGCUGCCACAUGGCUGCUGGAGAAUGCAGAAAGCACAUCUGGCAGGAACCGGGACGACUCUGAUUCAGGCUCCCACUCAUCUUAUCCGCUGUCUGGGGUGGAGGUGAAAGCUGAGAGUGUGUGCAUCUGUUUCAUCGAUGACUGUCUGGACUGUGAUGUUCCGUUGGCUGAGUUCACCUUCUCACGGCUGUCGGUACUGCAGAGAAUUGGAUCCACUCAGGAAGGAAAAGGCAAUUUUGCUUUGUCUGGAGAUUACUACAACCGAGAGCUUUCAGGCUGGGAGCCGUUUCUCGAGCCCUGGCCCUGUGUCCUGACUUGGCAGCAGCAGGCGGCAGGCCGGCUCCAUCCAUGUCGCCUGAGGUUGGAAGUACAAGCCAGGCAGAGACUAGACAUUAACAUCACCUCCGUCUUAUUGGAGCAGUACAGCACCACCAAGACAUCAUGGUUAGCAGAUUACUGCAAGGAAGACGAGCAGUCGCCACAGUCCUCCACCUCCGCGUCUUGGAUGGGCUCCUCUGUGGACCCCCCCAACCUUGGCCAGAGUGUUCCUCUUGCCCACCUUAGAACUAGAAGCACUGCCAGCUUGACUUGCCUUGAGCAGCAGAUUCAUGCCCGAGCUGACGUAAAACUUUCUAAGAGGCGGCAACCAUUUGUUCCAUAUGCCUUGCGUAACCAUACUGGCUGCACUAUGUGGUUUGCCACCCUCACCACCACCCCAACCAGGGUGGCGCUGUCCCAUAGCAGUAGUGCUGAUUCUAUAUCUGAUGUGCAUGGGCCCGGAACAGAUGACACACACAACGUCAGUCAGUGGAGAGAGGUGCUGCCAGGACAGGAGAUUCCUUUUGAGUUUGAGGCCCGUGAAAAGCUUAGGCACAGACACACACAUGAGCUGAAGCUGCACCAGCUCCUGGUGCGUGUUGGAGGCUGGGAGCAAGUAAAGCCUGUCUCGGUGGAUAAAGUCGGUGUGUUCUUUCGCUACGCCGCUCCUGAUCGCAACAACCCCUCCAACACGGUUGGAAGCCCAGUCAGCAGAACCAACAUCAUCCAUCCGCAUGUAUAUUUUUCAGCUUUACCUCCUGUCAGAGUGGUCUUCUCUAUUACAAUGGAGGGUAGUGCACGCAAGGUCAUCACAGUACAGUCUGCUCUUAUGGUGAAAAAUCGCCUAGAAGUGCCGAUGGAGGUCCGACUAGACAGUCCUUCAGCUCCAGACAAACCAGUUGUUCUACCACCUAUUCUGCCUGGAGAAGCCCUUGCUAUCCCUCUUCACUUGACCUCCUGGAGGCUGCAGGCUCGGCCUAAAGGUCUGGGGCUGUUCUUUUGUAAGUCUCCAAUUCACUGGACCAGUGUGGAGCGUCCUGGCGAUGUCAACAGCAGCAAGAGGGAGUGCCAGUCUGCUGACUACGAUGACCAGAACAAACGCAGUUUCAGGUUUUGUGUGGUUAUCAAGAAAGAGAACUAUCCUGACCAGCAGCCUGCCAAAGUUGUUGCUGGAAGCUCCCAGCAGAUCUACCGACAACCAGGUCACACCAUCUACUUUCUGCCUACUUUAGUACUGACUAACCUGCUGCCCUGUGACCUUAACUACUACAUUAAAGGCACAUCAAUCAAGGGAACCAUGAAGCCGGGCAAAGAGGCAGUGCUCCAUGCUGCAGACACCUCACAGAAUUUAGAGUUGGGUGUUCUUUUGGAGAACUUCCCUGUGUGUAAGGAACUUCUGAUUCCUCCUGGAACUCAAAACUACGUGGUGCUCAUGCGUCUGUAUGACACAAACAAACGACAGCUGUCUCUUACCAUCCGCAUCAUUCUCCGAGCCAAGGGGGCACUCAGGAUCCUCAUCUCUGCCCCUUAUUGGCUCCUCAACAAGACUGGCUUGCCCCUGAUCUUCCGCCAGGAUAACGGUAGAGCAGAUGCUGCCGGCCAGUUUGAGGAGCAUGAGAUGGCCAGGAGUCUGAGUCCACUCCUAUUCUGUUACACAGACAAAGAACAACCUAGAAUGUGCACUAUGCGUAUUGGUAAAAAGAUUCACCCAGAAGGUGUUCCAGGCUGGUGUCAGGGUUUCUCACUGGAUGGGGGACGUGGAGUAAGAGCAGUUAAAGUAAUCCAGCCUGGAAACAGACCCGGACUCAUUUAUAAUAUAGGAAUUAAUGUGAGGAAGGGGAAGGGGCGUUACCAAGACACCCACAUCGUGACAUUUGCACCUCGCUAUAUGCUUGAUAAUCAGUCUUCACACAGGUUGGCAUUCUCCCAAAGAGAGUUUGCUAGAGGGAAGGGUACAGAAAAUCCAGAGGGUUAUAUCUCGUCUUUGCCGAGCUCCAAUGUGGUGUUUCACUGGCCCAGGAAUGACUAUGAUCAACUGCUGUGUGUCCGGCUUAUGGAUGUACCUAACUGUACCUGGUCUGGAGGGUUUGAAGUUAACAAACCAAAGUCUUUUCAUGUCAAUAUGAGAGACACUUUGGGUAACUGCUACUUUCUCCGUGCUGAAAUCGCCCUAAAAGGAGCAACCUAUAUAAUCUCAUUCAGUGACACUGACCAGUUACCCCCACCCUUUCGAAUAGACAACCUGUCAGAUGUGCCAAUUCAGUUUUGGCAGCAUGGAGUUCCAGAUAUCCGACUUCACACCGAGGUGAAAGCAGGCGCCGUGAUGGACUAUGCCUGUGACGAACCCAUUCUUAACCCCUACCUCACAAUUACAGUUAAAGGAGCCGGUUCCUCAGAGGUCACCGCUGACAUGAACAACUUUAGAGAGUACAACAAGCUCUACUACGAGAAUUUCAUCUACAUCGCUGCCACAUACACAUUCUCUCAGGAUGCAAGCAAAAGGCCUGGAGUAUUGAAGCAGGAAGCCAGCUGUGCUGAGCUUGUGCUUGAUGUGGAUACAAAGACUCAGAGAGUCAUCCUGAAGAAAAAGGAACCAGGAAAGCGGUCUCAGUUGUGGAGGAUGACUGGAACAGGCAGGCUCUGUCAUGAAGGCUCCUCACCACCUCAGAGUAAACCAGCACAGCCUCGACCUCUUGAAUCCUGCAUGGUGCUGGAUGUUGCUGGACUGGCUGCCGUCACAGAUAACAGGUAUGAGCCACUAAUGCUAAGGCGACCAGACAAUCGUCGGAGUACAACCCAGACAUGGCACUUUAUCAAUGGCAGGCUGAGCUGUGGAUUACCCAGACUAGUGGUGCAGGUGAGAGGGGGAAUCUCGGCUCUGUAUGAUGGUGCAGAGGUCGUACUUGGGCCUAACCUAGAGCUCGAUCUGCCUCCAGAACAGCAGUUUAUUAAUCAGAAGAUGAGACCUGGCUCUGGUGUGCUAUCUGUGCAAGUCCUCCCUGAUGGACCCACUCGUGUUCUGCAGAUCAGUGAUUCUAAUCAGCGGCGCAUGAACAGAACUUCUCCCAGCACAGAGGAAAACCAGAACAAGGAGAACAAUCAGAAGAAGGCUGCUGAGGAUGAACUCGAGAUUUUAGUGAACCUGGAGGAGGGGGUAGGCCUGUCUUUGGUCAGUAAGCUGCCUGAGGAACUGUUGUUUGCCGUGCUAUCUAACAUCAACUUGCACUUCACACAAACUGCCACCAGCCAGGUUCUGGAGCUCAGUGUGGGGAACAUCCAGGUGGAUAACCAGCUCAUAGGCACCACCAAUCCUGUGAUGCUGUGUGUGUCUCCAAACACCUAUGAGAGCAGUGCUUCGGACAGUGGACCUGCUCUGCAAGUCAACGCUGUCAAGGUUCCCAGCAAGCUCAUGCUUACAGAUCUCUUCAAGCACCUGAUGGUCACUACUCGGCGCUUUACUGUCAUCAUUGAAGAAAAACUCUUGCUUAAGCUGCUGGCUUUCUUUGGCUAUGGGAAAACAGAAGCAGAGGUCGAGAAGCUGGAUGAAAACUUGUACGAGAAGACCAGUGAGGAUGCUGGACCCCAAAAGCGCUAUUACUUCGAGAACUUAAAGAUCAGUCUCCCUCAGAUCAAAUUAAGUGUUUUCACUUCAAACAAGCUUCCUCCAGAUCUUAAGACCCUAAAGGGAACCCUGGGUAUCCCGCUGAUCCGGUUUGAGGAUGCAAUCAUUAACAUGUAUCCCUUUACUCGAGUCCACCCAUAUGAAACCCAGGAGAUCAUCAUCAAUGACAUACUCAAGCACUUUAGAGAGGAGUUGAUUAGUCAAGCUGCUCAGAUACUGGGUUCAGUGGACUUUCUGGGUAACCCUAUGGGUCUGCUAAAUGAUGUCACAGAAGGGGUCUCAGAACUCAUCAAGUACGGCAACUUGGAAAGCUUCAUCCGUAAUGUUACACAUGGAGUUUCCAACUCAGCAGCAAAGUUUGCUGGUACCCUGUCAGAUGGUCUUGGUAAGACUAUGGACAACCGGCACCAGAGUGAGCGAGAGUAUAUUCGUUACCACGGAGCCACCAGCGGGGAACACUUAGUGGCAGGCCUUCAUGGGCUCACCCAUGGCAUUAUCGGUGGGCUGACCAGUGUGAUUACAUCCACAGUUGAGGGGGUGAAAACUGAAGGGGGUGUAAGUGGGUUUUUCUCAGGACUAGGAAAAGGCCUUGUUGGAACAGUGACCAAGCCUGUUGCAGGCGCUUUGGAUUUCGCAUCAGAGACAGCACAGACUGUAAGAGACAUGGCCAGUCUGAGCAACCACAGGUUAAGUGUGCAGAGAGUAAGGAAACCCCGCUGCUGUAAGGGUCCUCAGGGACUGCUGCCUCGCUUCUCCUCCACACAGGCUGAUGGACAAGAGCAGCUCUUUUACCUCACCGAUAACAUCCACUCUGAAUACUUCAUUGCUGUGGAGACCAUAGACACCUACUGUGUACUCAUCUCUUCUAAAGCCGUGUACUUCCUUAAACCUGGGAAUUACGUGGAUCCAGAAUCCAUUUUCCUGGAGGUCAAAUAUGAUGAUCUCUACCACUGUCUGGUCUCCAAGGACCAUGGAAAAGUGUAUGUUCAGCUUACCAAGAAAGCUGAAAACAGUAGUAGUGGGGUGGCUAUGCCAGGACCAUCACAUCAAAAGCCAAUGGUUCAUGUGACGAGUGAGAGUCUGGCUGUAAAGAUCUCCCAAGAAAUCAACUAUGCCAAGAGUCUUUACUAUGAGCAGCAGCUCAUGUUGCCCCCAAGUGAGAAUGAGGAUAGCUUAUUAUUGGAUUCUUAAUAAAUGUCAUGCACCAGGUAUAUGCUUAUUAAUUUCUCAAAGGCAUUUUUUUAUGUUUUUGGGGGUUUAUUAUUUACCAAGGAGCGAGCACCAAGUUGCGCAGAACUUAAGACAAGCUGACAAGGAAGAAUUGGUUUGGUGGUGCAAACUAGGCUGGUGUAAUAUACUUGUAAUCUAUUAAGCACACAUUUAAAUACAAAUAUGCAAGAUUUUAUUGAAAUUCUAAGAUUAUUUUACAUACGUUUGUAAAAAAAUAAGUUGUAUUUGUUGCUACUUAUGCAUACAACCAAUCUUGUACAUGUUUGUUUAUAGGGCAAACUUAAAGCCAGUGUGACAAUAAUAAUAUGGCAUGUAUUGUACAUACUAUUAAGACAUUGUGGGAUAAUAUUAUUGCACAAAACUGCCUUUAAUAUAGUUUAUAUAUAUAUAAAUAACAUGAUUGUGUGAUUAUUGUGUAAAUUCUACUGAUUUAGAUGUAAGAAACUGUUGCUUUGCUGCUACACUAAAGAUUCACUGUUGAGCGAGUUCUGGCAUUAAACACACACUUACACUCACUUUCAUAACCGCUUAUCCAGCCAGGGUCAUGGGGGGGGGCCUGGAGCCUGUUUCAGCUUUUCAAUGGACGCAAGGCACACUGGACGGGGCUCAUACACACACCCAUUCACCUAUAGGGCAAUUCAGGAUCUCCAAUUAACCUGACUGCAUGUUUUUGGACUGUGGGAGGAAACUGGAGCUGCCGGAGGAAACCCAUGCAGACACGGGGAGAACAUGCAAACUCAGCACAGAUCGAACCCAGGACCUUCUUGCUGUGAGGCGACAGUGCUUCCCACUUAGCCACCGUGCCACCCACACACCUACAGGAAAGUGUAAAUAAAGUCUGACUGCAAUUUUAGCUCUUUACAUGCACACCAGAAUUAAUGUCAUUUUUUUUUAUAAUUUAUUUUUCUAUAAUCCAUUCCAAUUUGAAACAGUACACCAAUUUGUCCUUCAAUUUUCAUUCAUAAUUUUCCAGGAUGAAAAAUAGAAAUCAGUCACAAUGAUACCCGGCUAAUUUAUUAUUUGACCUGGACAUAACCCGCUUUGUUUUAUUAUUAUUAUUAUUAUUAUUAUUAUUAUUAAGAAUAAACUGUAACGGCUCUGCUGUGAUAAUUAAUGGAAUCUGUUGCCUUUUAUUGCUGCUGAUAUGUUGACACUUGACUUGUGUCUUAUAACAAGCACUGGUUCUGAUUUUCUUCACUCUUUAUGCCACUAGUUAGAUUUUAUUUUUAAAUAUCAUACUACUGCUAUAAAAUGAAUGAUGCUACUCUGAUCAAUCUACACAUGUAUGUAUAUGUUUACAUUUUUUAACAUUUUUUACCCUAUCACUACUCUCAUUUUUACCUUAAUACCCUGUUUGACCUAACACUAAAAUUAAGUUCACUUUUUCCUUUCUGUCUUAGUGUUGAGGAAGCUUAUUUUUGGCAUUUUGGUCUUUCAGUAACACCGUGCUGAUGUCCUUAUUCCAUAUAAGACAAAUAGGCCAUGUUUAUCACCAUCAAAGCGUGCUAGUUUAUUGGAUCUGAUUAGCGAUGAUGAGGAAUUUUGUUAAUCACUAGAAACGUCUUUACAUCUGCAGUACAAUGCUGGUGUACUGUUUUGCACAGUAUUGGGGUGUUAAUCUGCAGUCACAAGUGUUAAGUCAAAUAAUAGGGCGGCACAGUGGCUCAAUGGGUAGCACUGUUGCCUUACAGCAUUUUACUUUUACUUUUAGUAACACAGUGCUGUGAAAAGUAACAACUCUCUUUCUGGUUGCCUCCUUCAUACUGCAUAUUUGUUAUACUGGAUACAUUUAGAUCUUGACAAAACAUGAUAUUACAUAAAGAAUUUUAAAACAGCACAUUUGCUAAAGUGCACUUUGAUUAAAUUCUACUUUUUUCAGCCAUUCAGAUGUUGUGUGUGUGUGUGUGUGUGUGUGUGUGUGUGUGUGUGUGUGUGUGUGUGUGUGUGUGUGUUUUAACCACUGUCGUUUUGCCUAACCAUGUUAUGUCAGCAGUGAUAUUAUAGCGAUCCCAAAAUGACUGAUGUGUGUGAGCGCAGUUAGAAGAAUACACAAGUGUGUUCAUGUAAAUACAGCAGUGUGAAAAUGGUAGCGGGUGAAUAAAACUGCCAUAUAAUGUAAAUCAAAUCACACAUUAUGCAAAUCUCAUUCAGUUUAAAUGUAAAUUAUAAAGGCUAAAUAAACUUAUGUUUUUUAAACAAA